AUGAUAGGUCGUUUAGCUUUUUUAUUCUCUUUCUAUUUCACUCAAGCUCAACUAUUUAUUGAAGUCCUUUAUAGCAACUACACAGAUAUGAGCUUGACUGCCCAAAUGUCAGCCUUUUCUUAACUGCCCCUCCGUGAGCGAACAAAACCAUUAGAAAAAUCCUUAUUUUUUGCCCAAAAAAAAAAACCCUUAUGAGCAAAAAAAAUUUUGACAUAUAAGUGAUAAUUAUUAUAAUGAAAUUUUGGGCUAAUUCUGUUUAAUUUUGAACAAAUCGUGUUUUAAAACAUAAAUUUUACAAAUUAAAUUAAUAUUUGCUUUUCAAUUAGAUUUAUUUAAAUUUAGAAAAAAAAAUCUAUAAGAUCGAUAUAUAUAAAUUUUCUUAAAAAAAAAAAGUGAUCAAACAAGACUUUUUUGUGUGCUUAAGCAAACUUUAACCGACCAGAUCGAGCUCAAAGAAACUCUAGUUUUGAACUGCUCUGAGAGUAUAGUUCGUCUUGAUGAAACUCAAAUCGUAAUAGAUUUAACCUUUAGUCUCCCAUUAGUAAAUUGUAUAAAAGAUUUAGCAAAUCAAGCUCACUUUGUAGUUAUUAGCUCAAAUACUUAUACAGAAAGCUAUAAUGAUUGACAAUUUUCCACCCACUAUCCUAAUCAAGAUCAUUAUAAUGCCUUGUCAAAUUUAAUUGAGUUUUUGAAUUGAGAUAAAUUUAUUGUGGUUUCUAAUAUUGAGGCGCAGAAUACAUAUGGUGAAUUAGAAAAGAAAUUUUCAAACUUUUAUAUUAGCAUCAACUUAACUUUCAGAAAAGCUCGCUGUAAUUCCGAAGGACUGUCCUUCCGGACAAGGGCUUGCACUUGUGCCCCGAAAGUUGAGUGAAUUUUGCAACCGUGCAGCACGUCAGCAGGGUUUCCCGCAAUUGAAAAUUCAAAAGGGCUGAAUUUUCUGGUCAACUCUCGCCAAAAUGGAAAUUCGUUUGCCCAGGCGUAACUCUUGGUUUUCACGUUGGAGAAUAGUCCAGAUUGGCAAGACGAGCACCAUUGGCUUUGCUGAGAGGCACCUUUCCAACUCCGAACCCAUUUCCCUCUGAGGUAAAAACUUGGCAUUAGAGUAAAGCUUGAGGUCAGCUAUCACGACAUUACGCUUCACCAAUCAAGAAAAGCUUGGCCUGAUGCACAUUCUCGAAUACCAUCCUCACUUUCUCUAGCGUCUCUAGCACCCUGAGGAUGUCAGCUAUAUGAUUUAAGAGGGUGGUUUGGUUUACCUCAUCAUUUUAAUGCAUAUUGGAUUUUUCAAACAAAAAUUUAAAUUUUUUCAAUUUUGAUGAUGAUGAAAGCGAAGAUUAUGUUGAUCGAUUAGUAGGUAAAAUCAUUAAGCCAACUGGAAUAAAAAAUAUUGUAAUUUUAAAUGAAGGAAAAAGUGCUGAAAAAUUAGUAAAAAGCUUGAAGAAAAAAAAUGUAUUUGGCUUACUCCCCCCAUUUAAUAACGAACACUUUUUUUGUUCGUUAUUAAAUGGGGUCUAAACGUAUAAAAUUUUUGGGGAAAAAAAUAUAUAAAAUUUAUAUUAAAUAUCUAUGAUUUUUAUAUAAAAAUUUCAAUUAAAGGGUUAAUAAUAAAAAAAGUCAAAUGAUGACAACAGAAAGAGAACUCGCCUAAAAGCAGGGCGAAAAGAUAACUAUUGCUAACUCCCCCCCACUCCGUGAGCUAAUAAAACCAUUAGAAAAAUCCCUCACCCUCUGUGAGCGAACAAAAAUUUUUUUUAUGGAAAAAAAAAUUUGAUAUAUAAGGAAAUAAUUAUUAUAACGAAAUCUCUGGCUAAUUCUGUUAAAUUUUAAGCAAAUUGCGUUUUAAAACAUAAAUUUUAUAAUUUAAAUUAAUAUUUGCUUCCCAAUUUUUGCAAAUUAGGUUUAUUUUAAAAUUUCGAAAAAAAAAUUUCUAUAAAAUUUCUAUAUAAAAUUGUUUUAUAAAAAAUAAUUAACCUCCUCCGUGUGAGCGAACGAGAUAUUUUUAUUCGCUCACGGAGAGGGGGAGUAAAGCACCAGCUUAAGAUUAAACCACUAUUAACUUAUUAGUUCUUAUUUAUUAUUCUUUGCUCGAUUAUAUUUGUCUUUAUCUUACGCUAACUACUUAAAAUUAGUAAACUGCAGAGACUAAAUUAGCUUAUAUAAAUUUUAUAGUAAAUUUUGUUCGUUAUUAAAUGGAGCCUAAGGAAAAAUUUUUAUGAAAAAAUGACGAUUUUGCUCGUUAUUAAAUGAGGGGGGGAGUUAGAGUGUGGAAUCAUAUUAGGUAGUAAAAGCUUGUGGAGUAUUAAAGAAGAUGGGGUUUUAGCUUAUGUUGAGUCUGAACUUGAAAAUUCUGUUGAUAGCUAUAGCUAUGAAAUCUUAGCAUUAACAAAGUUUAUAAAGUUGAUUUUAGAGUUUCCAGGAAUUAAUGAUUCUCUUGAGUUGAAACAAUUUUUGGAAGAUAAUACCGAAAAUCAUCAUCUAAAAUCAAAAUUCUCUGUGAUUAACAUAAAAAAUAGUCAAAAAACAAAAGUAGGAGAUAUAUAUCAUGAACUAGCACUUAAUGGAACUAUAAUCUUUCCUGGAAACUCUACAGUAAUCCCAAACUCACCGACAACUAACAUCACUAUAUCUGUGGCCGAUGGUGUAACCAAUCCAGGCUACACAAAUAGUAGCUACUCUGUUAUUAAGACAGGUGCGAAAUAUGCAUUAUCUUACAUAAAAGAAAUCAAUUUUCUUGAUGGGUUUGAGAUUUUGAUGCACCAUACAGACUGUGGAGCUGAGGUCUAUAGCCCUUCUUUUUCUUAUAACUGCUUUAGUAAAUUAAAAAGUCAGCUAGGAGUUGGGUUUUUAACAACGCCAGCAGCACCAACAUGCAUUGGAAAUAUAAUUUCAUUGAGACGUUUAGGAAUUUCAAUCCCACAUAUCUCUGAAAACGCCCCAGCUCCUGCUUUGACUGAUAAAGUAGCAUAUCCAGAAUUUAUGAGAGUUAUUAAAGAUUCUAGGUACAACACAGGUGUUCUCUUUAGCCUUUUAGCUGUCUUUAAUUGAAAAAAUAUAAUUGUAUUCUAUGAGAAUUCCACUGGCCCUAUAUCGUGCUAUGAAUAUUUGUUGAAAAUGAUAAAUAACACAAGCAUUAAUAUUGGAAAUGAUCCAAGUGAAAGGCUAAUUAAAAUAAAUUACAGACAUACUGAUUAUGAACAGUACAAGCCAGCGAUGGUAAACGCAAUAAAUUCAAGAAUAAGGAUUUUUAUUAUUUUUAUAAAUGCUCCUUCAGAGUUCUAUUUUAUUGAGGACUUUUAUGACACAGGAUUAAGAAGAGGCGAUGCAAUUCUUUUGUUUUACCUCCGAAAGGCUUAUGCUAUUAUUACUGAGCCUGAUCUAACUCAAGUUAAAAAGCUAAUGGAGUUAAUGUAUGGCUCGAUUGUUGUUGAUAAUCAAGAUUGAGUAGGAAGUUAUGGCCAAAGACUUAAAGAAGAGUAUAUAAAAAAUUAUGGCUCAGAUAUAAUAUAUAGAUGUUUCUCAUUUGAUGCUGCGAUGCUACUACUGAAUGGGAUCAAAUAUACAAUAGAUCAAGGCGAAAACGUUGAUUAGAUUAGAUUAGAUUAAGUUCGUGCGGGUCUUCGCGGUUUAUUUCAGCCACUCGCCGCCUUCUCCCACUUCAGCUUCUCGGCCUAGGCAUGGGAUAGCACUUACGCCCUUUUUGUCGACGUCACCAAAAAAAAUGGUGACGUCAGCGCUCUCGAGGUGACGCACCCAGGUACUUCUUGGGGGCAACCCCUAUCGGUCAGCCCAUCCGUCCGGAGGCGGGAGACGGUAGGUGUUCUGAAGCCUCCUCCUGCCCUCCAUUACUACCUUCGUUGUCAGGAGUGUGGGGUUGCCUCUGCGACUCUGGUCUUCUUGUCGUAGGUCGAGGUAAAAAAACCCUGCCAUGGUGUCCUGGCCAGGGAGAAAAAACCUACCCCGGACACAAAUUCUCCAGGCCCCAUCCCUCUUAGUCCCACAAAGCCCGAGGCAGUGGGAGAAGGACGGGUCAGAGUAGUCACCAUUUUAUUUGUGUGAAAACGUUGAAGAUCCAGCAAUAUUGAAUGCUAACCUAAGAGCUCUGAGGUUUGUGGGAUGCUCUGGAAUAGUAUCAGUAGAUCCUGGCUCGAAUCAGAGAAGCACUAGCAUAAUGAGUAUUUUUAUUUUAAAGUGAAAUGCAACUACAAAUUUAUUAUAUGAGUUUUCUGCAGGAAAAUAUGACUUAGGAAGCGUUCAGCUUAUUCAAUUUUAUGAAAAUUUAAUUUGAUAUGACAACACAACUGAUACACCUUCAGACACAAUUCCUUAUGAUGAAUGCCCUUUCGAUAAAGGCUUAUUGCCCUUCCCUUUUAAAUUGGAAAAUAUCCUGACCAAUUUAAAGAUUAAUUUUACACCAAUAAAAAAAUUUUAAAAUUUUUCAAUUAAAAAAUAUAAAUUGAGUUAAUGCUUGGAUUUUAAUUUAUUUUUAUGAAGAAAUAAAUAAAAAAAUUACAAUUCAGCGAGAAAAAGUUUAAAUAGCAUAUUUUUUUAAUUAUAUUAAUUUUAUAUUUUUUUAAAUGUUUAAAAAUAUAAAAUUGAGGACAAUACUUUGAUUCUUGAUCCAUUUUUAUGAAGAAUUAAAAAAAAUUAAUCGAUUUAGUGCGAAAACUGUUUAAAAUGGCAUUCUACUUUUUAUUUUGUCUAUUAAAUUAUGUUAAUAAGAUUCAACAUUUUCAUCGUUUAAAAUUUUCCUAUUGAAAAGCAAAUUUGCUCCAAUUUAAAGAGGGGUAAAAGUAUCCAUAAAAUUUUAAAUUUUUCCUAUAUUUAAAGGGGGAGCUAGAAGAAUAUUCUAAAAAAGGUGCAGGGAUAUUGUAUUGCAUAAGCUUUUUUAUCGUUAUUGUAACAGCUGGGACAACUUUUUAUAUAUGAAAAUGAUGGUGAAAUGUUGAAAUUCCAAUGCUUACUACAAGAUCUCUUAUUAAAUUCGAAGAUUAUAUUGCAAUGGUAAUGAUUUUUAUAUAUUUUCUUCAAUAUUUAGCUAUGGGUCCGGAUAUAGGUGAAUAUGAUAGCUAUUCAAAUAAUCUUACCAGCUAUGCAAUUAUAAAUUUUCAUUGGCUCACACAAGGUAAGAUUUUUUGAAUUUAUGUAGAGCUGGUUAUUGGAGCAGUAGGAUUAUGGCUUUAUUUUAGUAUUCACAUGAUACUAAGACUUGAUACUAAAUUUGUGAACUUUUUUUCAGCCUACAGUAAAACAUUGGCAACUAUAAUAAUGCCAUUUCUUGGGAAUGCUUGCUUUUUGCCAAUAGUUUCAGUUCUAAUUAGCGUAUUUCAAUGUGACCAAUCCAUUGGAGAUGGCCUUACUCAAAGCUUUGUGAGAAAUGAUUGCAAUGAGUUUUGCUAUAAAAAUUAUCAUCUUCAUCUAGCCUUUAUCUCUUUAGCUGCUUUAGUUAUCUACUUACCUCUUGCUAUUUAUUUUAGACCAUUCUGAGAUAAUUCAAAUGAUGAUGCAAAUAUAAAGCCAAGGUCACUUUUUUUGAUGGUAAAAAGCCUCCUUCAAGUUUGCAUUAUAGUUCUAAAUAAAACAGUAAAGGUCUACAGCCAGUCUUUGCAUGGGGCAUGCUAUAUCUUACUUUUUUCAGGCUUUUUAUUGUUUUGCAUAAAGAAAAAGCCUUAUAAUUAUGAUAGGUGCAACUUAUGGUCGAUUAUUUCUUAUUGUGCAAUUAUUUGAAGUGUAUCUCUUUCCUCUUUAUUCUGAAUUUUGCCAGUAAAGAUAUAUUCUAUAUGAGUUGCACUAGAGUACAUAGGAUGAGGAUCAAUGAUAGCUUUUGGAUUAUAUUUUCAACAAAAACUUUAUCCAAGCCUACUUUAUUCUGAAGAAGCUCCUGACAUUACUUUAUUUUUCCGUUUUUCGCUGGGAAGUAAAGUCCUUGCUUCUGAAAUAAAUCAAGCCAAUCGAGAAAGAUCUGACAGAAAAAACUAUAUGUCAUCUGGGAAUGAAAAAACUAAAUUAAAGGAAAAUAAUCAAAGUGAUGUUAUAAGCAUCUCCAAUUUACCAGAAAACAUAUUUUUCCAUAGGCCGGGUAGUUUAUUUAAUCAGGAACAAGAGAAUUAUCCUCUUGAAAUAAGCUCAACUCGAAAGCUUAUAGGCCAUUACUAA